GGCAUGGUGUGUGAGAAGGGCAUUCAGAUCCUUCUCACCAUCGUGGGGGCGUUCGCAUCCUUUGGGCUGAUGACCGUGGCCAUCGGGACGGACUACUGGCUCUACUCCCGCGCCCUCAUCUGUAACAGCACGGCCAACGUCACGCAGGACGACCCCCACAACAAGGACAAGAAAGACCCCGGAGCCCUCACUCACUCAGGACUCUGGAGGAUCUGCUGCCUCGAGGGGGUGAAGAGAGGAAUAUGUUCCCAGAUAAAUCAUUUUCCCGAGGAUGCAGACUUUGACCACGAUGGGGCGGAGUACGUCUUACGCGUGGUCAGGGCCUCCAACAUCUUCCCCAUCCUCAGUGCUAUUCUGCUGCUGAUGGGCGGGGUCUGUAUCGCCGCCAGCCGGUUCUACAAAAGUAAACGGAACAUCGUUCUGGGAGCGGGCAUCCUGUUUGUGGCCGCAGGCCUGAGUAACAUCAUCGGGGUCAUUGUGUACAUCUCCGCGGCCCUGGGGGACAUCUCUCCGAAAAAGGACGAGGACAAGAAGUGGCAGUACUCCUACGGCUGGAGCUUCUAUUUCGGCGGCCUGUCCUUCAUCCUGGCCGAGAUGGUGGGCGUCUUGGCCGUCAACAUCUACAUCGAGAAAAACAAGGAGCUCCGCUGCCGAUCCCGCACCGACAUCUUCAAGAGCACCACGCACGCCAUGCUGAGGUUGCCUAGCUACCGCUUCCGACGCCGCUCCCGGUCCAGCUCCCGUUCCACGGAUCCCUCCCGUUCCCGGGACCCGUCCCCGGUCGGAGCUCCGGGGGGGAAGAACUACGGCCUCCCUUCCAAUGCCCUGCUCUCACAGGGACCCAUCUCUGUCUCCACCCUGCCCAACCCACACUCGCGCUCCCACUCCGCGCUCCCAGGGGGCGACAUUUCCCUCUACACGCUCUCGCGCGACCCCAAGCUCGCUGGGCUGGGGGGUCUGGGCGGACCCCCCCUCUACGGCACGGUGGACCGGGCGACUCUGUAUCAGCUCCACAACUGCUUUCCGAAAGAAGGGGGCGGGGGCGGGCCCGGGGGCGGGAUGAUGAUGAGCGGGACCCUCCCCUCUCUGAAGUCCCACAAUCCCGGCGGGGUCCAGAAUUCUUCCAAUUCCAACGCUCCGAUUCCCAAUUCCGUCCCUUCCUCCCAGCCCCCGCCUUUCACCUCCUCCACCAUGGAGCGGGAUCGGGGGAUGAGCACACUGGACAGACUGGGGAAAGGAGAGAGUAACUCCAACACACUGAACAGAAAAACCACGCCCGUUUAG